CAGAUCAAACAAGACGGCUGUGAGAUAUACCUUUUUGAAUACGACAAACGGUUUGCAGUUUUUGGCCGAGAUUUUGUUUUCUACGACUAUAAUGAACCUCUGAACAUCCCUGCUCAUAUUCCUGAGAAGUCCUUUGAUGUUGUAUUCGCGGAUCCACCAUUUUUAACCGAAGAAUGUUUUACCAAAGUUGCUAAGACGGUGAAUUAUUUGAUGAAAGAUAAAUUGAUUAUCUGCACAGGUAUGCAUUUGAUUCGUGUGAGCUUAACAAGCGACUUUUUUCUCAACACGGGACGCCACCCGAAAAUUAGUAUUUAUUUAUUAACCUUUACAACCUUUUAGACAUGAACAAAUACUAGAUAUGGAUAAUUAUACAAUGUAGUGAUGACAUUUUUGGAGAAAAAAAAGAGUUGUCAAGAAUUUUUAGAAGCUAUUGGAAACAAUUCUGAACUGAAUUGCCUGAAUUCUGAACAGGGUUGCCUUCCUCCUCGACUUUAAUCUAUCGCUCCUUACUCUCGCCUUUUAUCGUGUCCCAUAAAAAUUUCCACCUAUUUUAGUUUCUACAUAAUCGUAAUUUCCCUAGUUUUUUUUACGUACAUGUUCAUCACAGGAGUCGGAGUUGAGUAAGAAAUUAAGAACAACCGUUUCCGGAAUUAUACUGGUCGUCUUAUUAUUUAGGCUACACAAUGUCUUGCACCAGUACUUGUCCAAUUACCUAUUUUAUUCAAAAAAUGUACUUUAUAUGCAACACGAGUCACGUAACAUGAGUCACGUGUAUUAUGUAGCAAUCCUUACUAUUGUAAUCCCAAAUAUAAAAUUUCUUUGUGUUGCUAGUUUGCCUAACAUAUUAAAGGAAUACCGAAUGGUUUUCCGUGCAGGAUUGCGUGAUCCAUGCGCGAGGGAUGUCGCGAAACUUUCGGAAAGCGUAAAAAUACUCGAGCCUCAGGCGAGUAACAUCCCAAGCGCAUGGAUCACGCUAUCCUGCUUGGAAAACCAUUUGGUAAUUGUUUUAUAAAAUAACUACAGUGAAACAAUGGCAUUUUGAGAAUCCCGCGAAAAUCCCACGAAGGCAUUUUAAUUCCUCGUGCAGGAUAGCCUGAUCCUGCACGGCUAUUGACCAAUCAAAUUGCAUGUUUCACUGUAGUUAUUUAUAUAUAGUCUGUUACUUGAUAAGACAUUGUAUAUGUUUCUAUAUAUGCGCGCGGACGUUUUUGCGAUAGUGGCCUUUCACGCAUAAUUUAUUAUACGCACGACUGAUUUUGUGCAUCAUUUAUUUUAUAUGCAUGAUUGACUUGUUACAUUCUCUUUCCAAAAAGUUUUAGAAUUACUGUAUUUAAAAAUGUUUUAUUUUUUAGGUCUUCAAGUGCAAGAAACAAUCGAGAAAUUAUUUAAAGCAAAACCAUGUCGAUUUAUUCCUCAACAUAGAAGCAGUUUAAUGAAUGCUUUCAGAUGUUAUACAAAUUAUGACAGCAAACUAAACCUAUAA